AUGCCCGUCAAGUCGUAUCACCGGUCGCGGCCGUCCGUCGACCGCGUCUUGGACCUGCUGGCAGACCUCGACGAGAACCAGGUCGAGGCCCUCCUACUCGAAGCCGAAAGCACCAUAGCGAGCAACAUACCCGUCGCCAAGGGCAUCGACUUCUUCGAACGCCCCACCUCCACCCAGCCACCGCGCCGGAAAUUCCUCACCUCCCUCUCGCUGCGAAAACAGUCGAGUCUGCGGCGGAGGCCGAGCAAACGCGCCGCAUCUGCCCAGGAACCCAUGACGACCAGCGCCGCGUUAAUGAGGAAUUCCAGCGAGCCCACGCAGAACAUGAAGAAGACGCCUCGAUCGUACAAGAGGAUCAGCCGGCCGCUGCUCUCCCUCCCGUCGCCGACAGCCACCGCCGACCUCUCCGAAAUGCUGGCUGCGUACCUGCUCGAUGCGACGAAGACGUUGCCCUCGUCGCCGGCAACAGCCCACGGACCGACGUUGUCUCCCGUCUCCCCGACCGAAACGGACGCUCCGGGUAUCGACUUGCUCGAACCCUCGCCGGCGAGGGCUACGCGACCGCUUGACACCUUUGGGAACCCUACGAAAGCGCCGUCGCGCAAUAUCAGCGGCAUCUUUGAAGUCUUGGACGAUGAAGUCCCGAGGGGUUUACGGUGA